CACGUGUUAGAGCCUUCUGGAAAGCGACUCCCCUUUCCAGAGCGUCCGAACACAGCGGACUCCACACCGGCUAUACUUUUCACUUUUGCCUCGCCAUGGCUGCGGUGAAAGCUUUGAACCCAAAAGCAGAGGUUGCCAGGGCUCAGGCCGCGUUAGCGGUCAACAUCAGCGCCGCCCGAGGCCUCCAGGAUGUGCUGCGAAGCAACCUGGGACCGAAGGGGACCAUGAAAAUGCUGGUGUCUGGAGCAGGAGACAUAAAACUGACCAAAGAUGGCAACGUCUUGUUACAUGAGAUGCAAAUUCAGCACCCCACAGCAUCACUGAUCGCAAAGGUUGCCACGGCGCAGGAUGACAUCACAGGAGACGGCACCACCUCAAAUGUCCUCAUCAUCGGGGAACUGCUGAAACAGGCGGAUCUCUACAUAUCUGAGGGUCUUCAUCCAAGGAUCAUUGCUGAGGGCUUUGAGGCAGCAAAAGAAAAAGCUUUGGCUGUUCUAGAGGACUUGAAGGUGACUCAGGAGAUGAACAGAGAAACCCUCAUCAACGUUGCACGCACCUCCCUUAGGACAAAGGUCCACGCAGAGUUGGCAGACUUACUCACUGAGGCUGUAGUAGAUGCUGUGUUGGCUAUCGCUAAACCAAAUGAACCCAUCGACCUGUACAUGGUGGAAAUCAUGGAGAUGAAGCAUAAGACUGACUGCGACACACAACUUAUCAGGGGUUUAGUGUUGGACCACGGUGCCCGUCACCCAGACAUGAAGAAGAGAGUGGAGGAUGCCUUUGUACUGACCUGCAAUGUCUCUUUGGAGUAUGAAAAGACAGAGGUCAACUCUGGCUUCUUCUACAAGAGUGCUGAUGAGAGGGAAAAGCUUGUGGCUGCGGAAAGGAAGUUUAUCGAGGAUCGUGUGCAGAAGAUCAUUGCCCUGAAGGACAAAGUCUGCCCUGAUGGAGACAAAGGUUUUGUUGUCAUUAACCAGAAGGGUAUUGAUCCAUUCUCUCUGGAUGCCCUCGCCAAGGCAGGAAUUGUAGCCUUGCGCAGGGCAAAGAGGAGGAACAUGGAGAGACUCACGCUUGCCUGUGGAGGUAUUGCCAUGAAUUCAGUUGAUGACCUCACGCCUGAGUGCUUGGGACAUGCCGGGUUGGUUUAUGAGCACACACUGGGUGAGGAGAAGUACACGUUCAUUGAGAAGUGUGGGAACCCUCGCUCAGUCACUCUGCUGGUGAAGGGACCCAACAAACACACACUCACACAGAUUAAAGAUGCUGUGAGAGACGGUCUGCGUGCAGUCAAGAAUGCCAUUGAAGAUGGUAGUGUUGUCUCUGGUGCAGGUGCACUUGAGGUGGCUGUGGCUGAUGCUCUGGUAAAACACAAACCCAACGUGAAAGGCAGAGCCCAGUUGGGUGUCCAAGCAUUUGCAGAUGCUCUUCUCGUCAUCCCCAAGGUUUUGGCUCAGAACUCUGGAUAUGACCCACAAGAGACCCUGCUGAAACUGCAGACAGAGUACAAAGAGUCUGGUCAACUUGUUGGUGUAGACCUCAGCACAGGGGAACCUAUGGUGGCAGGAGAAGCAGGUAUUUGGGACAAUUACAGUGUCAAGAAGCAGCUUCUUCACUCAUGCACAGUGAUUGCAAGCAACAUUUUGUUGGUAGAUGAGAUCAUGCGUGCUGGAAUGUCAUCUCUGAAAGGUUAAAGGUCACCUAAAGAAGCCCUUGUCAUACUCAUUGAGAAAGUUGUUCAUCGGAUGGCUCAGUCAACAUGUUCCUGCUCUCGGCACUCGGAAGCACCCAAGUCUGAUGGAUGCUGUCAACUCCCCAGCGUCCAUCACAACAUCUGUCAGAAACCAUCAUUAUGCUAGUCAAGGUCUUUUUCAUGGAUUGGUUGUCUUUUUCAUGGAAUGAUUGUCUGAUUGGUUUAUUUAUGAGAUUUUGUUAAAGCACUGUCCCACUCUCAUUUUUGUUUAAUACCCAUUAAAGAAUUUCUUCACUCUGGAAA